UAUUAUCGCAAACCACAGAAAUACCGUAAUGAUGAACAUCCAACAAGCAACAACAACAACAACAACAACAGCAUAAAAACCAAUUCAACAACAAGAACAACAGCAGCAACAACAACAACAAGAAUAACAACAUCAAAUCAAUAUGAUAACAAUUUAGCGAGCAAUCGAUGUAGCGGCCAAGUUGGCAAUUCCCUAGAUCUAGAACCGGUAGAGCUGCAGCAUUACAACAACAACUAUUACUAUUAUUACAAUUACAAUCUGAGCUAUGCCCCGCCGCCCGUAGCCGCCGCCCACGCCUGCCUCCUGGGCGGCCCCAAGUCGCGGCUGCAGCAGCUGAAGCGUCGCACACGUCACGAACUGCAACAGUGGCCGCUGCUCAUGCAGCUGGUGGUGCUGCUCGUCUGGCUGCACGCCAAGUUCUGGCAGAUUGUGCACGAGCAGAUACUGAUGCAACGCCGGCGCUGGCACUGAACGAGGAGGAUGGGGUCCACUGGCGUGGCUGGAGCAGCUGCAGCUGCAGCUAAGUGGAGUGGACUGAAGUGGAGUGGAGUAGAGAUUUGAGGGGAGUGGUGGGAGUGCGGGGCAGCUUGUUUUUUUGGUGUGCCGUCAGAAUCUAUGCUUAAGUUCAUAAUUAUUCCACACUUUCAAACUCAAUCUUAAAUAAAUAUAUGAAUAUAUAAUCCCAA